UUUCUCUUGGAGACGGUUUUGAUGGCAUAAACUAACCGCGGUCAGGCUUUGCGGCCGCACAACAAUGUAUGUCUUGGACUAUUGGAGGUGAAAAGCUGAGUGGAAACGUCUCCGGAGCGUCGAGGAUUGGAAUUUAGCGGUGACAUGUGAAAUGUUGCUGCGUGGUUUGUCGGUAUUUCCAGGCAGCGACGGACAGACCGAGCCCGGCUAGCUGAGCUAACCUGCUAGCAGCUCGGCUAACAUUGUUAGCCUCUCCGCAGGCUGAGCGCGGUGCGGUGUGGUUGUCGACACAGCGUUUGUUACGGCUCUGUGUGGCCGUGAGUGUCCGCUAAUAUCACCUACAGACCGCCUGGUGUCACACCGGACUGCCGCUUCCAUGCGCAGGCAGGACGGCGGAGCAGCUUAGCUCAUGUUAGCUACUUGUGUGCGCUGGACACCGCUGUGUGAGGGAGCCUCUGGUCCCACAAGCGACUGAUAUUGAACCGUCUGACGUCUUGUCUGCUCACAUUAACCAGACUGUGGUAAGUUGGUGCUGAAAUGCAGCGCUGAUAGGAGCUAUCCGUUAGCUAGCAGCUCGCGUCGCAGCACACCGGUCGUAUUGUUUUGGCUGACAUGGCAGCCAGCGGAUACUCUGACCUGAGGGAGAAGCUUAAAUCCAUGACGCCGCACAGAGACGACUACAAAAAUAAAUACGCGGACGGGACGAGUAACGGCAGCGGGAAGGGCCGAAAGAGAAAGUACCGGGAGUCCGACGACGACGAGUACGAGCAUAGCGAUGACAGCGCGGAGCUCCGGGAGCAGGAGGCCCGCCGGGUGAGGAGCAGCAUCCUGCAGAAGAGCAUCUUCACCCCGGAGGAGUGCGCCCUCAUCGAGGAGAAGAUCGACGAGGUGGUGGCCAAAGGAGAGGCCGGACUUUACCGUGAGCACACCGUGGACAGGGCACCCCUCCGCAACAAGUACUUCUUCGGGGAGGGCUACACGUACGGAGCCCAACUGGAGAAGCGUGGACCGGGCCAGGAGCGGCUCUACCGCAAAGGAGAGGUGGACGAGAUCCCGAGCUGGGUGCAUGAGCUGGUGAUCAAGCGGCUGGUGUCCAACGGAGUGAUCCCGGAGGGCUUUGUCAACAGUGCAGUCAUCAAUGAUUAUCAGCCGGGUGGAUGCAUUGUGUCACACGUGGAUCCCCUUCACAUCUUUGCCCGGCCCAUCGUCUCCGUGUCCUUCUUCAGUGACAGCGCGCUCUGCUUCGGAUGCCGCUUCCAGUUCAAACCAAUCCGGGUGUCUGAGCCGGUGUUCGUCCUGCCAGUGAGGAGGGGGAGUGUCACAGUGCUCAGUGGCUAUGCUGCUGAUGACAUUACCCACUGCAUCAGACCCCAAGACAUCAAGGAGCGGCGAGCAGUAAUCAUCCUCAGAAAGACCAGACCUGACGCUCCUCGACUGGACUCUGACAGCCCUUUAAGCUCUUCUCCUGCAGAGAGACCUGCUCCUCUGAAAGCCAAACGCUCUCAUCGCAAAGCCGACCCUGACGCUGCUCACAGGCCGAGGGUUCUGGAGAUGGAUAAGGAAGAGAACAGACACCCGUCAUUCUCCCGUCAUCGACGUCACAGCAUCAGCUCUGAGAACUACUGGAGGCGUGGUCAAGACUACGACAAACACCGGGAGAGCUCGGGGCGCAAAGUCAAAAUGAGACGCCACUGAGCACUUCUUUCACACACAGAUAAAUAUCUCUGUUCUUUUGUGUAUUUCAAUAUUGCAAUAUGAUUUGAUCAGUCAACGUUUUCUUGGUCCAGCUUUAGUCUGGCACAAGGGGCACAGUCAUCAUGUCGUCUGCAUUUUGAUUUGAGUCUGGAUCAGUUUGAGUGUAUAUUUGUUUCUGGCAGACAAAGCCGGCGUCUCUGCUACAUAUUACAGAACCUCAAAUAACUUACUACAGUUAGGCUCUGUUGUUAUACUGUUCAGUUACCUUAAAUUAAACAUUUUUGUUCCUAUGUUCAUAGAUACUUUGAAAUGGCAUGUAUUUUUUGUAACCAGGAUGUACAGACCUCAAGAGCUAAAAGGAAGAUGUACGUAUGGACUUGUACAAAAGAAAACCUGAGCUGUAAUCUAACUUGUUAUAAUGUACAAUACGUUUGUAUAGUCUUUAAUUGGGGGACUUUUAUGGAGAAUGAACCUUUUGUUUUCUUGCACCUACAUUUCUGCUCCGUACCUUUACUCUGUGCCAUGUCGGAUCUUCACUCGUUGUUCUCUUCAGCCUCCAUGUUUAAGUUCCAGUGACUGGCGGAUGCGCAGCCAUGCUUUAUGUGUUAUGAUUUGACUCAGCGGUGUGACUCAUUUAGGUGGAGUUCACAAUAUGAUGUAUCAACUAAACUGAUGCUUUAUGGAGUGACGAAAAACUCAGGUCUUGUUUUACACUCCUGUUUCAGUCUGAAGUUGGUUCACCUCAUAUAGUGAUGGAGGCCGUGUUGUUGCUGUUCUCUAUUAAAUUUAGUUUCUCCUCUUUUAAAUCGGAUGAACAUGGGUCAGUCAGAACUUAAUUUGAGCAAAACCACUUCUGUUACGUCCUGUUUUUCUUGGGUCUAAGAGGAAGCUUAAUUUCCAGAAAUGCCUGUCCUCGAGGUUUGCUGUGUAAACACUAAUUUGUUGCUUUCUUCCAGUCAGCCAUAUUUGGUAGAGGUACUCAUUAGCAUUCUGCUAGGUUAGUCUGGAGUUACACAUGAACAAAAAUAACCUCCGUUCAGAGGAGAAAUUGCUUUCUAAAAACAGGAUGAGUGAUGUUCACGGCUUUCUGAAGCUCUGCUACGCUAGAGAACGGAAGCGUGUUUUGCAAAAGUUACCUGCACGAGGCGAAAUGCUGGAUGGUGAAUGGGGAAACUGAUUCUGUGUACAGAGGUUUCAUGGCUUUUAGUGGUCACUUUUCAUUUGACGAAGAAGGUGCUGGGGAAAUGAAAUAAAGCUGAAACUGUCUUUGCAGAGUUGAUUCUUUAAAGCCAGCUCGCUGCUCAGACAGCAGGUACUGGCGCAGCACACUGGAGAGUGUCUGAUUGCCAAGAACAGUAGUUACAUAAAUGAAGGAGCCGUCCAGAUGGGGAUUUACAGUAUGUUUUCCAACCGCUGCAAUUUGCUUACAAAUGCAGUGGCUUCAUCUGAACACUGUGAUGUAACAUUUUUCUUAACUUUUGACUCAUUGAAAGUGAUCAAGAUGAUGGUAUCAGAAAUAUGCCUUAAUUUUAUUUAACACUACAAUUUUUUUUUCUCACAAAACGUUCUUGUUUUUGUGAGUCUGGAAGGUCACGUGGUCAGAAAGUCUGCAUACAGCAGGCAACAACUCAAGAACAUCCUUGCAACGAAUACUGCAGUGUAUAUAUUAUCCCUGAACUGUCCCAAGGUUCUCUGUCCACUGAGCUACCUGUUUCUAUAAAUCAUUCUGUCUCGAGUGGAUCUCACAAACGGGGCCUCAGUUCAGACCUCCGUCACUGAAUGACUAAAGCUCAGUUUUCCUGCAUUUGCACAGAGUUGAACUUUAACUUUGAUGGAGGCUCUCUAGAUAAAGUCUAAAGGUUUUGUCGUUCUUUUAGGUCACACUGAGCAGGAAGGUGGUUUGCAACCUGUUAUCCUCAUUGAAGUCUCAUACUUUAUAACUUUGGAAUAGUUAAUUGUAUAUUUUCCACAUCCUAUCAGUCAAAUUAUGUUUUUUACCUAACAGGAGAGGAGAAAAGGAUCUCUAAAAUUACGUUUAAUAUAUCUGUAACUGGUGCAUUGGUUUGUACAUUAUGUAUCCUUCUUCCAGAAAGUUAUUUAUAAUUCAAUAAAUAAAAUACAUGAAAUGCA